AUGGCAACACCAUCCACCAUGAAAUCUCAAACGACUCUUGCAUCAAGACCAAAGCUCAAGGGCAUUCUCAAACAGUCGACCGUCUACCCGUCGACGCCACCCGGUGAAGAAGAAGCAGCAGCAGAAAUAGAAACAGCAGAACUCACACGCGCCGAGAUCCUCGCGCGCAAUGAAAACGCCGCACGCGUACGCCUGCUCCAAAAGCUCCGCGACACGCAACUCAAGCCACCAGUCCCCUUCUCCACCUUCGAAACCCUCUGCGAACUCCCGCAUUCCACCACCCACUCCGCGUCCGCGCCCUCCGCAGCGGACACCGACACCUUCCUGACGCUCCUCACCGACUUCCAACCCUCCGAAUACAUGGACCUGAUCGAGGAGCGCAACUGCCUGGGCAAGUGCGGGUACACGCUGUGCGGGCGGCCGCGGCGGGCGCUGGAUGGGUCCUUCCGCAUCGGGCACGGCAUCGCGCGUACCGAGGACCUCAACAAAUGGUGCUCGGACGCGUGCGCGCGCCGCGGCCUGUAUCUCAAAGUCCAGCUCGAAAACCCCAGUUACGUGCGCGACGAGCGCCCCGGCGGCGGCGGCAUGGUGGUCAAGCUGGAGCUGCGGGAGGAGGGUAAGGGUGCUGGUGAUAAGGGGAAGGGGCUGGCAGGGCGGCCGGGGGCGAGGAAUUUGGCCCCACGCGGUAAGGAGGAAGACCGUAUUGAGCUGGCGGAGAUCAUGGCGAAGCUCGAGCUCAGCCGGCAAAUGAGUGACCCGAAGGAAGAUGCGGCGUUGCUCGCUGGUGAACGGGGCGAUGCAAUCAAGGGUUUGCUUGUCGGGGUAACAAGGGUGGAUGUCAACAUCAACGACACGGCUGUUAUUGAACCGGUGCAGCCUCCUUCCAGUGAACUAAAAGGCACCGAGUAUAUGAUCGAGGGUUACAUGCCCAAGAUAUUUAGGGGCAAAGACACUGGAUCCGCUACAACGCUGGCUAAGAAAAACAGCAGCGAAGCUACUAAGAAGGCAGCGGAUGGUACCAGCCGCGCUGAAAGCGACGGUGAUGAUGACGCUGACGAUGACGAUGACUUCUUCACCGUCCGGUUCUAA